AUGGAAUUAAAUGGAAGUGCACACAGAAAAAUGGCAAUUAAAAGAGCUGAUGACUUUGAUAAUACUCAAUCAUUCCAUUUGGACGUAAGAAUGAUUAAAAUAUUAGAAGAGCUCCAAGAAGGAAAGCAAUUCACUAAUAAAAAAAUUUUCCCAAAAGGAACGUUAUACAUGAAAGUAUCUCUCGACUAUUUUUACUUUCGAAGUAACUUAUCGAGGUUCUGUCUUCACCUGGACAAGAUAAAAGUACUUAUUAGAACAGGUUUUCACGCCAUGUAUAUUUUUUGCGUCAUGGAAGAAAAUCUUUUAAACUUAGUGUAUAACGACGAUGUAUUAGAAAUAUGCCUACCACGAUUUAUUUUAAGGGAGGAAUUGAAGAUUUUUAAUAAUAGUUUUUACACUUACCACGAUAACUGCUUACGCAUUUUUCAAGAAGACGUUUCCCAGCUCUUUAAAAAAAUAGAGUUUAAAACUUCCGCACUAUGUUUUACACUUGAAGAAUUAUCUAUGGCAAACUCAGAAGCCCUGCCUCAAAGCUUAAGAUUAGCUGAACUGUUACAAUGUGAUAACAAAAUGGAGGGGAGUGUGCUGCAACGACAAGACUUUGUAGUCACUAUGGAGAUCAAGCUGACUAAGACACAGAUUACCUUCCUAAUUGGAAGUAAAGGGACGAGAAUAGAAAGCUUGAGAGAAGAAUCUGGUGCCAGCAUAAAAAUAAUACCUAUUAGCGAAAAAAUGACUAUACAUGAAAAGCACCACCCUGACACUGUUCAGCAAACAAUAUUAAUAUCAGGUGACUUAUACUCAAUUGCCCUAGCCAUAACUAGCAUAGAAUCCGCACUGAUUACUUUAGGUCUAUAA